GCUUGGACAGCAUAACAGGAGAUUGGAUUCAACUAUGGACACAGAAUAUACCUUUGACAAUGGUCCUGACAAUCCUCCGACCUCUUUAUUUUUUGGACCCAACUUUUUGCAAUCCAUGUUAUACAAUCUAUCCCCUCCUGAGGCGAGUGUUCUCUCAAACCUUAGCAAUUCACAGUGCUGAAGCCACAAUAGAUGCAGCUUUUCUUGCAUUUCUCACAACAGCAGCAGAGCUGAUCAAUGUUUUUUCUUCUGUUCAUGAUGGAUUAAAGCAGGCUCUAAUGCUUGCAACACUGUUAUUGAGACCAUUUGCUCUCUAUAAUAACGAGGCAGCGCUUCCAAAUGAAGCAUUCCUCACCAAGGAGAAAUAUGGAUCUGUGCAUCGGGUGUACAUCAUCUGUGACCAGGACAAGGUCAUUAAAAGAAGACUUUCAAAGGUGGAUUAUUGAAAGAAACCCAACAGAUGAGGUAAAGGUUAUUGCUGGCUCUGAUCACAUGGUUAUGUUUUCCAAACCGCUGGAGCUCUGCUCUUGCCUCCAGGAAAUUGCAGACAAAUAUGCUUAAUAAAUAUUUUUGAGAUGC